AUGUUAACGAAAGAGUGUGGGAUGGAGGUUAUUAAUAUAGCAAAUAUGUUUGAUGUUGUGGAUCGUUACGGCCAUUCAUUGUCUAUUGCGAAAGGCAACCGAAGCUAUAUAGUUUUGAAAAGUCAUAAUUUGAUUGACUGUAGUGAUGUACUGCAUGGCUUAUACCAUGGCUCUGUUAAUAUGCAUCCAAGCAUGCAAUGGUAUUGGUCGUUUAUGUCGAAAUGGGGUACAAUGUCCGGAUGGACAGUACUGCAUUUGGGGAAAAUGCCUUUGCUUCAAUGGGCAAGUUCUAAUGAACGACAAAUGUAUUGUAGACUUUUAUUGCCGGAACGGUAA